AUGCAGGACCUGGAUAUGUGCUUCCGCAAUUCGACGUGGCCAGAAAAGCGAAAAGGACUGGACGCAAACCAUGACGGAUACCCCCCUCGCUUGAAAGUUCCAAGAGAUAUCUUCAAGGAGUUUGUGAAGCGUGACGGCGUGUUGCUUGCUACCCUUUAG